ACUAAAUCCUCCUACAAGAGCCAGUCUCAUGAGAGCAUUCGAGGAUUUAUCAGACUUAGAUACCGAUAUAUCGUUUGUCAGCUCGGACAGAACAAGCACUGAUCGUAACUCUUCUUUGUUCUUUGAUUCGUUCAUUGACUCUAGUCGAAAUAUGCGCUUAUCCAACUGCACAGAUAGCGUGGGAUCAGUGCGUUCAGGAUUGAGGUGGAGUGACCAUAAUUCGCAACUUGAUUUCUCGCCACCGUGGUGCGACAGUGGAAGAACAUCUUGUUCAUCGCAGUGUCUGGAUGAAGUUGAAGCUGAAAUGAGGAGGCUAAGGCAAGAAUUGAAGCAAACAAUGGAAUUAUAUGGUAAUGCCUGCAGAGAAGCAAUUUCAGCAAAACAACAGGCAAUGGAGUUAAAACACGCCAACAAUCAAGGACAAAGAUUGGAAGAGGCACAACGAGCCGAGGAAGGUGCAAUGUCAGCUGUAGAGAAAGAGAGAGCCAGGUGCAAAGCAGUCAUGGAAGCAGCUGAAGCAGUACAGAAACGGAUAGAAUCGAAGCGAAUGUCAAUGAGUUCAGGAAGGGGAGCUCUAAAAGAAUCAGAGGAAAUGAAGAGGUUGUUGGAGACUCUAUCCAAUGGUAACAUCAAAUACAGGAUAUACACCAUUGAGGAAAUUGAAAAAGCAACAGAUAAUUUUGCCCCCUCUCAAAAAAUCGGAGAAGGAGGUUAUGGUCCUGUCUUCAAGUGUUACCUUGAUCAUACACAAGUUGCAGUUAAGGUUUUGCGUCCCGAUGCUGCUCAAGGGAGAUUACAGUUCCUGCAAGAGAUUGAAGUACUGAGCUGCAUACGGCAUCCUAACAUGGUACUUCUUCUAGGAGCCUGCCCAGAGUACGGGAUUCUAGUGUAUGAAUACAUGGCUAGGGGAAGCUUAGAUGAUUGUCUAUUUAGGAAAGGAAACAACCCAGUACUGUCUUGGCAACUCAGGUUCCGAAUCGCUGCAGAUAUUGCAACUGGCCUACUUUUUCUCCAUCAAACAAAACCAGAACCAAUUGUUCACCGUGACAUAAAGCCUGCCAACAUAUUGCUAGACCACAACUACGUUAGCAAGAUCAGUGAUGUUGGUUUGGCCAAGCUUGUACCUGCCGUUGCGGAGAACGCGACACAAUGCUGCAUAACGUCGGCGGCUGGAACAUUUUGCUACAUCGACCCGGAGUAUCAACAAACCGGUGCGCUGGGGACGAAAUCAGAUGUAUAUUCCUUAGGGAUCAUACUUCUUCAACUCCUAACAGCAAGGCCACCAAUGGGGUUGGCUCACUACGUGGGGCAAGCCAUGGAGAGAGGCACGUUCGAAGAGAUGCUGGACCCUGCAGUGACCGACUGGCCAGCUGAAGAGACCAUGGCAAUGGCCAAACUGGCACUUCGAUGUGCGGAACUGAGACGGCGAGAAAGGCCGGAUCUCGACAAGGAAGUGUUACCAGAACUGAAUCGACUCAGAGCGAUUGCCGAGGAGAAUAUGUCCCCUACCAUGUUUGCUGGAAACUAGUGACCUUCACCUACCCUUAGCCAAAGCUUCUUUUAUCACACGCGAGGUUUUGAAAUUCUGGAUAAAAGGGAACAAGCCUAAGGAUAACUAAAAUAUAC